AUGGGAAAAACCUAGAUAAGAUUAAAAUUAAAGGUAGAGCAUAGUUAGAUUAUUAUUUAAGAAAGUCUCUCUAUCAUAAAGGAUCACUUCUUCCCUUUAUAAUAAAUAUGCUGAAUCUCAAAACUAUUAUUACACUAAAGUAGUUAAUGAUUUGAUAAUCAACUAACCAACCAAGGCUACAAUUUGGUUUAAAGUACAUUAUAUUCAAAUUUUCAAAGGAUUUGUAAUAAUAUGAAGAAGAAGCAGAACACUGUAAGAAACUCUACACAGUAUCAUCGUAUCCAAAGAAGAUUAAGAUUUUAGUGGAAUUCUAUAAGGUAAUCAUGACUCAUAACAUUUGCAGUUUCAUAAGGAUAUUCCAAGGUGGGCCGUUAAUGAAUAAAUUGUUUUCAUUUUAAACGAAUUUUACAACCAAAGGAGGAAAUUAGAAUACUAUAAAAUACAACAUAUCAUAGAAUAAGAAAACCAAUUAAAUCCAAACAGAACUCCAAAAGGGAUUGUAGGAGAAUAGCCUCAAGAAUCCUCAAGUUCUCCUAAAUCAUCCCAGGAAUCAGGAGUCGUUGUUGGUAAUGUUUUGGAUGAAUUGGCUACUGAGUUAAAAUAAAGGACACAAACUUAACAAAGUGAUAUAAAUGUAAUUGUUUCAGUUUUGAAUGCUAAUUCAAUGAAAAAACAACAAAAUUUACAAUAAAUAUUUCAUAAUUAGCAAUGCAUUAUAUAAGAAGAAAGAUUGCAAUAAUUCAUAACACAUGAUAAACUUAAAAAUAUUAACUCACUUAUAAAUUUAUAAAAAGCCACCAGUGAAACACCUAGACAAUAUAAAUUUUAGAAUUUACUAUAGAAAAAGAGUGAUCUAAAAUAAAAUUGUUCGACCACUAAAAAUAGAUGUAAUUCACCUAAAAUUAACCAUGCUUAGAUUUUAACCUUAUGUAAAAUUAAUUAUUAUUACAGUACAAUAAAGAGUUAAAGUAAAACUAGAAUAAAGAAAUCAAAUGAAAACCAAACCAAUCACUGGUAAUACUUCCUUAAGGAGUCUCUAAAGGCAUAUUGAAUCACCAAAAACAACAAGAAAUAUCUAAUACUAAAAAUAAAGGUUUAACUAAAAGAGGGAAUUUAAAGCAAAUACUUUUCAUGUAAAUCAAUAAAACAAGUAGAUUAUUGCUUUAUAAUUAGAAAUUUGAUUGUGAGUUUAUUGGCAAAUAAAAAUACAACUGUACAUGUUGAUGCCAACUAAAAAAAUCUCCUUUUAGCUAAAUUGAAUACCCUGAACACUCCUAGAUAGAUUUUAAAGUGA